AUGUCGAUGUUACUAUGGAACUGUAGAGGUGAAAGGCAUCCGAACUUUGUGAGAACGGUAAGAGAACUGGCUGGUACGCAUGGACCUAAUAUUAUGGUCAUUACUGAAACUCGUGCUCGAGGAGAGGAUGUUCGCCAUAUAAUUGACCGCCUUCCUUUCGAUUCUUGGAAGGACACAGCCACUAUAGGGUACAAAGGAGGGAUUUGGUUGCUGUGGAAAUCUGAUCUCUUGGACGUGGAUGAUAUUUGCGCUACAGAACAGGAGAUCCAUGCUACAAUCAAGGUAAAAUCAAAUAAUUUUUCUUGGUUAAUUUCUGCUAUUUAUGCUAGCCCUCGUUAUAAUGAAAGAUUGUUUUUAUGGGAAAAUCUUAAAACUGUUGCAUCCCAUCAUGAUCUUCCAUGGUUAGUUUUAGGGGAUUUUAAUGAAGUUCUUAAUGGCGAAGAUAAGAAGGGAGGUAGACCUGUUUCUUUGGUUAGAUCUGGGGCUUUUAAGGACUGUCUGAUUUUCUGCCAUCUUGCGGACCUUGGAUUCUCUGGACCUAGGUUCACUUGGUCUAAUAAGAGGAAUGUGUUGGACUUGAUCCAAGAACGGAUUGACUUUGUUUUUGCCAACUCCGCUUGGUGCCUCGCAUUUCCUGAAGCAAGGGUGUCUCAUUUGCCAAAAACCCGUUCUGAUCACUACCCAAUUUUGCUGUCUUUGAAAAACAAAGUUCCUAGGGUAGGUCUUAAACCUUUUCGCCUUCAGAAGAUGUGGUUUGACUACCCCGAGUUUUUAACCCUCGUCCGUAACAGUUGGAGUAAUGGCCAAGAAUCAUUAGCUCAAUCCGUGCUGACUUUGAGAAAGGACAUGCAGGAAUGGAACUUGAACUCCUUUGGUAAUAUUUUUUUGAAGAAGAAAAAAAUUCUUGUUCUAUUGUCGAGCAUUGAAAAAGCCCUGGCAAAUUCACCGAACCAAUUCCUCUUGAACCUUCAAAGAACCCUUUUAGAAGAGUUUAAUGGCAUCCUUAAAGCAGAGGAUGAUAUUUGGAUUCUCAAGUCUAGGCUUACCACACAAGAUCAGCAUGAUCUGUUGAAACCUAUCUCAGAUUUGGAGAUUCAAAAAACAUUUUGGAGCUUCAAGUUCUUCAAAGCACCUGGCCUGGAUGGUCUCCACCCUUUCUUCUACCAUCGUUGCUGGAAUAUUGUGAAAGAUAAGAUUUGUGCCACUAUCAAACAAAUUUUUGAGGUGGCAUCCAUGCCCGAAGAGUUGAAUGAGACAUUGAUCUCCUUGGUUCCCAAGCAUGACAUUACUCUUCUAAGCAAAGCAAAAAGAAAAACUACCAAGUCUAUGCAUGAGGUUCUCAUGGCAUUUUAUGGUGAGUCUGGGCAGACCAUCAAUCUGGAGAAAUCCAAAGUUUUAUUUUCUGCCAACACUAGACAAAACUACAAAAGGGAUAUUACUAACCUUUUAGGCAUUAACGAAACCCUUGAUCUCGGAAGAUACCUAGGUUUUCCUAUCCAUAAAAGGAGAGUUAGUAAGAAUGAUUAUGCUUUCAUUGUCAACAAGGUCAAAGCAAAAGCCCUUCCAGUUAGCAUUUCAAAUUUGUUAGACAAGGUUAGCAGGGAUUUUUCAUGGGGGAAAAACGGGGAUAAGAAGAGAUUGCACUUACUUAAUUGGAGUGAAGUGACCAAGAAAAAAAAUGAAGGUGGACUGAGUUUGAGAAAGAUUCGAGCUCAAAACCAAGCACAAUUAGCUCAGUUGGUUUUGGGAUUUCAUCAUCAAAAGGAUGCUUUGUGGGUUAAAAUGCAGAAAGGGAAAUAUCUCUAG